CGGUUCUACUUUGCAGGCGUUUCUGUCGCCGCGGUCGCCCGAGGGUAAGGCGCUUUGAGAAAUUCCUUUGCUUUUCCUCUGGGAGGCAAGGGCCCAGGCCCCUCCUGGGCCUCCUCCUAGCGCAACACGCAGUGAAAAAUAUCCCUGAACAAUGGGUGAGACUUUCUCCCAGCUGGCCUCUCAGAAGGAUGAGAACAAAUUGAUGCUGCCCCCCGACCCAGCCUUUGGCAGCAAGGCUGCCAGCUACUCCAGCACCGGCAACAGCAAGCCUUUCUGUUCCUGUGUGCCUUGUGAGAGGGCUGCUGGUGCUGGCUUUGUAACUUGUCCCACCUGCCAGGGCAGUGGGGAGAUUCCUCGAGAGAUAGAGAAGCAGCUGGUGGCCCUUAUCCCCUAUGGGGACCAGAGGCUGAAGCCCAGGCACACGAAACUCUCCGUGUUCCUGGCAGUGUCCAUCUGUCUGGUGACCUCGUCCCUCAUCGUCUUUUUCCUGUUUCCCCGGACAAUUGCCGUGCAGCCUGUGGGCCUCAACUCCUCCACGGUGGCCAUUGAUGAGGCCAAUGUCUACCUCAACAUAACGAGUAUCUUGAAUAUCUCCAAUAACAAUUACUGCCCUAUCACUGUGACCCAGCUGACCAUCGAGGUUCUGCACCUGUCCCUCGUGGUGGGACAGGUCUCCCACAGCCUCCUUCUCCACAUCGGCUCUUUAGCCACUGAACAGAUGUUUUAUGCAGUGGCCAACAAGAUAUGGGAUGAAAACACAUACAAAAUCUGUACCUGGCUGGAAAUCAAAGUCCACCACGUGCUUUUGCACAUCCAGGGCACCCUGACCUAUUCCUACCUGAGCCGUUCCGAGCAGCUGGUCUUCCAGAGCUAUGAAUAUGUGGACUGCCGGGGAAACACGUCUGUGCCCCACUUGCUGGUCUCUCACCCACCGUGACCUGUCUGCUGUCCUCAAGCUCCCGUCGCCUGCCGGCCUGGUCUGUACCUCCCACAACUCCGUGGUGCCCAGUAGGACCAUAGUGACUUUGCCAAAGGAAAAACCCUGCUUUAUCAGACCCUCCCCACCCCAUGCACCCGCAGCAGAGGAAGCUUCCUGUGGAAGUUAACUUCAUAUACACUCACACACCCCUAUAUACUCUCUCUCUCACACAUAGACCCAUACACACAGUGUCUCUCUCUCUCUCUCACACAUACACACACAAAUACACACACACACCCACUCUCUGAUUUUCACAGUAUCAGAAGCCUGAUUCUUCUAGAGGCCAGCAGCAGAGGCCUCUGGUUAUGUCUUGAGGAAAGUCUGACCCAGAGUUUCCUCAGAGCUGCCUCAGAGCUGCCUCAGAGGCAUGGAGCAGCACCCACCUUCCUAUGCUGAGCACCGUGGUUGCCUGAUUCCUCCAGGGAAGGCCUUCUUCCUGCCUGAAUGCAGAGAAAACUUUCAUUUUAGCUGGUUUGACUCCACGGAUCCUUUUCCAGUUCUCCGCCCAGUGAUGGAAAUGACUUAGGGAUCAGCCUAUGCUGUCUGUCCUCAGGGACUUUUGCUUUGGUCACGUGACAGAUCGCUGGUGACGGCCUGCUUCUCUCCUGGUAACUUGUUGCCCACCUUUUGGCCAAGGCCCUUUGGCUCUGCCUCCUUCCUGGUUGUAGAUGGUCUGGGUCCCCAGGAACACAGAGCUGUUCUGCAGCUAAAGCUUCUCUUCUCCAUAAGACACUUUCAUUAAUAUUAUUCUCUGCCCCAGAGUCAUGUUAAAAGGUAUUUAUCGAAGGAGGUCACAACCCUGAGCCCAUGUGCGUGGACACAGGUCAGAUGGUGCCAGCGUUGCCUUUACUGUGGUUCCUGUCACUCAGACAGAGAGAUGAGCUUGGAGGGUGGGGAAGGCUGAAUGUGAAGUAGGAAGGAUGGAGAAAGGGAAGUGGGGACAGAACCUGAUGACUAGCUGACCAGGGUACAAGAGGAAGGGAGGAGUUCAUGCCGUCUGCACGCUUUCAUGCCUGAGUAACUGGGGUCAAAGUGGUGCUGGCAACAGCGUGAAAAUCCAUGAAGUCCAGGCUGGAGCUUGUGCUGUGUGGAGUUCGGAAAAUGUAAAGGCUUUAUAUUGUAUUCACUAAACUGUACUUAACAGUGUUUAAAAAAGAAAAAUAAAGGUGUUCUAUAAUUGGGAAGGGA